AUAAAGUUUAUUCAAAUAAACACUGCGACGUCACGACACAACAAUGGCAGCCAGCGGUUCAGCUGUAACUGUUCUCACUCCUAAUGGGAGAAGACAAACAGUCAAAGUGUCUCCAAACACGCCGUUAUUACAGGUGCUCGAGGAUGUCUGCAAAAAGCACGGAUUUAAUCCCAACGAUCACGGUCUAAAGUUUCAGAGGACUGCUGUUGACCUCACGCUGCCAUGGAGGUUUGCCAACCUGCCCAACAAUGCAAAGCUGGAAAUGGUAACAGAUAUACGGAAACAGGCGGUAGCCGACAGCCAGGUGCGGAUUGCGCUCCAGAUGGAGGACGGCUCUCGACACCAGGGUUCCUUCUCCUGCGGACAGACUCUGUGGGAACUGCUCACACAUUUUCCCCAGAUCAGUGUGUCAGAGACGGAAUCCACCCCCGUGUGCGUCUACAUGAGAGACGAGGUGAGUGGGGAAGAAGCGCUGAAGAAGACCACUCUGAGGUCUCUAGGUCUGACGGGAGGAAAUGCCAUUGUCAGGUUUUUACUCAAGAAGAACAAAGCAGAGGGAGAUGAUGGGGAAGCCACAGCUGCUAUGCCAACCAUGCUUAUUGCCAAGAAAACCACACCUAUCCCAUCAUCUCUGCCAGACCCUGCUCCGUCACAUCCAGAGACAUCCAAAGCAGAGACUCCAAUUAAACAUGCAGCCCCCCAGCAGCCAAUUGUUGCUCCAGCUCCCGCGUCGGCCCCAAGCAGUUCACUUCCUGUUCAGCAGGAGGAAGUUCCAAUCUCGCAGGAGGCAGUUCGGCCAAAGAUUCCUCCUGUGGAGAGAGUGAUGCCAGAGGAGGACGGCGAGGAAGCGGGGCCUUCAGGACUGAACUCUCACCCUUCUUCUUCUUCUUCGUCUUCUUCCUCCUCCUUCGUCGCUCCUUCGUCCCCUUUCAUUCCCUUCUCUGGAGGCGGGCAGCGCCUCGGGGGUCCCCAGGGGGGCGCAGUGGGACGCUCGCUAUCUUCAUCCUCAUCAUCCUCAGCUCUGACUGCAGCCGUUGACUCGCCCAAAGCCAAGAAACUAAAAAGCAGCCACGGUUCGAGCAACAAGGGUCAAUCCACUGCAAAUCAGCCAGAUGAGGACAUGAAUCUGGGGGAGUUCAUGGAGCCCGUAGAGAGGGAGCUCCUCAUCUACCACCUGGACGCUGUGUCCCGUCACUCUGACAAGCACAGGGAUCUGCCCGACGAGUUCUUCGAGGUGACGAUGGAUGAUGUGCGCAAGCGCUUUGCCCAGCUGAAGAGCGAGAGGAGGCACCUGGAGGAGGCUCCGCUGAUGACUAAAGCUCUGAGAGAAUCCCAAAUAAAAGAGAAGAUGGAACGAUAUCCUAAAGUGGUCAUGAGGGUCCAGUUUCCAGACAGACAUGUUCUACAAGGUUUCUUCAGGCCGCUGGAGACAGUUGGUGCUGUGAGGCAGUUUGUGAGCAAUCACCUGGAGGAGCCUGAGCUCAGUUUCUACCUGUUCAUAACCCCCCCAAAAACCAUCCUGGACGACCCCUCAGCGACUCUGUUUCAGGCCGACCUGUUUCCUGGCGCUCUGCUGUACUUCGGCUCUGACGAUAAGAGAGACAUUUACAUGAAAAAGGAACUGGUUGAUUCCUCUGUGUCGGCUUUGCAAGCAAAUGAGUCCAUCGCAAGCUGCAUGCUGCGGUCCCCGACACCCUCCUGCAGCUCUGAGGGCUCAGAGGAGCAGCUGCCUGCUCCGGAGCCUAGGGCCAACACCAGUGGAGCCACUGAGGACAACGACGCCUCCCCUGCAACCACCCCGCCUGCUAAACCUGCCAGAUCUGACCCGGGCAAAGUGCCCAAGUGGCUGAAGCUUCCAGGUAAGAAGUGAGACAGCUGCUUUGUUGAACGCAGGACUCUCUACGGCCAGCGUCUCCGGAGCUGUGUGCACACCGAGUAGAACACUUAAACCUUUUGCUGCGCUUUGAUAAAGGCUCGACUUUGUACCCGCAGUGGACUAAACACCCCUUGUGGAAGAAGCCUGCACAUGCCUAGGUUUUUAAAACUGUCAAAUAAUGAGAUCAAUGAGUGAAGGGUGAUUUGUUUCAUUGCAGAGGAUCUCUGAGUGCUGAAGCAGCCGCUUUAAUUCAGCAGGUGAAAUGUUGUGCAGAGUGAAUAAAGAUUGUUGUACUUAUACUGUCUUGCAACGUC